AUGGCCCCGAUAAAGUCUCAAAUAGAGCCCACCCAAAAGGAAACUGGCCGAGGCAUCAAAACUGGGAUAAAGCGAAGACGGACAUUAGAGGAGAGCUUGUUCGUCUACAACGCCAGUCUAGAGGACAUUUUCCUAAAGGAGGGACCACGUUUGGGGAUAGAACAGUUGUCUCCCAAAAGGCCACCUGUGGGAAAUCAGGGUCCAGCUUCGUUCUGCAUCUUUCAUAAAGAGGCAGGGCAUGACACUCAAGGCUGUCGGAGACUGAAGAAGACACUGGAUGGCUAUGCAGCCAAGGGAUACCUGCAUCGGUAUCUCUGCUUGGCGGAUCCGGAUGAAGCCAGUACUCAAAAGGGGCGGAUGUCGCAGGCACCUUCAUUUGACAAUGACGACAGCCUCUCACACGAAGGAUUUAUAGCAGUAAUAUCAGGAGGGUUGGUGUUAGGUGGACCUACCAGCGAGGGACGACAAUAUGAUACGUCUCAUUCCCGCACUGCACGAGUGAACCUUCCCCAUGUGGAAAUUUCGGAAGCCGACUACCGUAAGUCCGCAGCAGCAUAUGAUGAUGAACCCUUAGUCCUGGAGAUUAAGGUGGCCAACCUCAGGGUAAAAAGGGUGUUAGUAGACACAGGAAGCUCGUCCGACAUAGUUAGUCUACAAUGCCUACAAAAGUUACAGCACGACCCAAAGACGAUAGAAAAAGUGCACAAAGCACUCGUAGGUUUCGGGGGUAGUGUCAUCUGUCUUAUUGGCUCUAUCUUGCUUCCUGUAUUAAUUGGAACACCUCCGGUAACUAAACAAGGCGCCGUCAGAUUUAUAAUUGUGUCAAGUCUUACCUCUUUUAACAUCAUACUUGGCUGCCAUGCCCUCAAUGAUUUGAAAGCAAUGAUUGUCCCUCAUUUAUUACUGAUUAAAUUCGUGGGAAGCAAUGGAGACAUUGGAGCCAUAUACGGAAACCAACAACUGGCUAGGGACUGUUACCUAUCUGCUUUAGAUCCCGCAGCCUAG